CUCUAAGUUGGGCACUAGUGAGCCCUUUUUUUUCCAAUUAAUUUCUUUUCUAUUUUUAAAAUGUCAAUAAUGCUGAAGAAUGUAAACACUCUAAAAGGCAAUCCAGCUCUCAUUAGACAGUGCAUCAGAUAUAUGUCAUUAGAAACAAACUCCCAUAUAUCAACUUCUCCUCCUCCUCCUCCUCCCCCUCCUUCUUCUCAACCUCAAGCAAAGAAAUUAGACUCAAAAUUAUUCACUGAUGAAACACGCAUGAAGCUAGAAAGGCUUCGUCAACAUCACUUUCAUCCUUCAAACAUUCCAGACUCACCUGAUUUUGGCACAAACCAAUAUAUAAAUAUCAAUGAAGAACUAAAACAGCAGCUUAAAGGAGUUGUAUCACAAUUUCAUGCACCCAUUCGAUAUGCAGUAGCCUAUGGAAGUGGUGUCUUUCGUCAAACUGGCUAUGAUGACAAAAAUAAGCCAAUGGUAGACUUUAUCUUUGGAGUUAGUCAUCCCGGUCAUUGGCAUGCUUUAAAUAUACAACAAAAUCCUCAUCAUUAUUCAUCUUUACGAUUGUUUGGAUCAGGUGCUGUCUCAUUAUUACAAGAAAAAGUGGGUGCAGGCGUCUACUUUAACCCAUAUAUUCAAGUGAAUGGCAUGAAUAUCAAAUAUGGGGUUAUUUCCAUUGAUAGAUUGUGUAAGGAUUUAAUCGAUUGGGAAACACUCUAUGUAGCUGGGCGUAUGCAUAAGCCAGUAAAGAUCUUACGUGAUGAUGCUCGUGUCAGAUUAGCAAACCAAGUUAACCUGACUGAAGCUGUUCGAGUGGCUCUCUUGACAUUGCCUGAAAACUUUACAGAAGAAGAACUCUAUACGAGAAUUGCUAGUAUCAGUUACAAGGGUGAUUUUAGAAUGAUGGUGGGUGAAAACCCAAAUAAGGUCAAAAAUAUUGUAUCUAGUCAAAUGGACCAUUUCCAUAGACUCUAUCACGGUCUAUUGGAUGAUUUGCCUAAUGUAGCCUUCUUGAACGAAGGAAAGUUGCAGCAGAGCUAUAAUCCUAGAUAUAGAGGACUUAUGGUUAAGAAAUUACCAAAGACACUGUACGAUAAAGUACUGAGACAGCAUCGUCAGUAUGCUUCUGCCAAUAACAUUAAUGUACCCGAAGAUAUGUCUCUUGUAUAUGAGCAAGUAGCUCAAUCUGAUCAACUGGUAUCUUUUAUUGACAAAGGUCUUACCGAGAUCAUUGGUAGGACGGCUCUUACUCAAAGCAUAAAGGGCAUCCUCACUGCUGGCCCAAUAAAGACAGUUCGCUAUGCUAGUGAGAAGCUAUCAAAGUGGUGGACAGCUAAAUAAAACGAUAAUAAAAAAUACCCUUUUUUUUAUCAUAUUGUGAUAGAAAUAUUUACGUUUAAACAGACUUUAUUUUUAAAUAAUUAAAACCUCAAUCGGG